ACAGGUGACGUUUUAUUCGGACGACGGGCGGAACCCGGCUUCCACAUUUUAUUUGGACGACGGGCGGAAUCCGGCUUCCAUAGUUCAUAUCCGGGGUUUCCCCAAAGGCAAAAUUAAGCCUGAUCACGCUCAGGUGGGGCAAAUUAACACAGCGGUUGCUAAUAGGCUGACGAGGAGAAGAGUCCGGGUAUAAAGACACCUUUGCAGACAUUAAACGAGGUGCUUGUGGCCUAUGUUGUGUACGUUGUGUUGCUGCUUUGCAGACGGACCACGCUGGUCGGAUCGCUCUCCUGGAGAAGAGAGUAAGAGACAGUCAGCGGACGGAGGAAUAUCUUGGAGCCUACGUGAGGAAGAGUGGACACAGAGCUAUCGAGAGCACAGUGAACAGUGGUUAUUGGUCCCUGGCCCCACUGGAGAGGAGAACGUGGGUGAGCCGCGGUCGACCGGAAGCACGGACGAAACAUCGCCCGCCAGUAAGCCAGUGGCCCUGUGGGAAAGAGGAAGUGCAGGUGAGCCAGGGAAGUGAUAACCGACACGCCGGGCCUGUGAAUGCCAUACCUCUCUCCCUUAUUUGUGAUCCAGUUGUUGCCCAACCAGUCUCUCGAGGUCGUCGCGGUCAGGUGGCAAGGACGAUCUAAAAUUCACGUGAUGUGGUAUAAGAAUGCUGUGGGUGAGUUUCACUGAUUGAUGGUGUUUACGCUUGACUUGCUGUGUGUGUGCUGUGCUUGUAGCGUUCGAACUGCCCAGCCUCUGACGAGACACGAGAUGGUGACAUCUGUUGCGGCCUGAGUCCUGUAGGGAGAGAGAGAGAAAAUUAAAUCUUGUGCCCGGGGUGUGAUAACGAGAGCUUCGUUUAUACACCACUUACCUGAACCAGUGAAGCUCCGUGUGGGAACGAGGAUCCCCCGGCACUGUGAGUAACGCAACCUGUGCAAUAACCUGUUCUGUGCUUAUAGCAGCUACCUACCUGAACCAGUGAAGCUCCGUGUGGGAACGAGGAUCCCCCGGCACUGUGAGUAACGCAACCUGCGCAAUAAUCUGUUCUGUGCUUAUAGCAGCUACCUACCUGAACCAGUGAAGCUCCGUGUGGGAACGAGGAUCCCCCGGCACUGUGAGUAACGCAACCUGCGCAAUAAUCUGUUCUGUGCUUAUAGCAGCUACCUACCUGAACCAGUGAAGCUCCGUGUGGGAACGAGGAUCCCCCGGCACUGUGAGUAACGCAGCUUGCGCAAUAAUCUGUUCUGUGCUUAUAGCAGCUACCUACCUGAACCAGUGAAGCUCCGUGUGGGAACGAGGAUCCCCCGGCACUGUGAGUAACGCAACCUGUGCAAUAAUCUGUUCUGUGCUUAUAGCAGCUACCUACCUGAACCAGUGAAGCUCCGUGUGGGAACGAGGAUCCCCCGGCACUGUGAGUAACGCAACCUGUGCAAUAACCUGUUCUGUGUUUGUAGCAACGACCUACUUGGACCGGUGAAGCUCCGUGUGGGAACGAGGAUCCCCCGGCGCUCAACGACUUACCUGAACCGGUGAAGCUCCGUGUGGGAACGAGGAUCCCCCGGCACUGUGAGUAACGCAACCGGCAGAAUAAUCUGUUCUGUGUUUGUAGCAACGACCUACCCGAACCAGUGAAGCUCCGUGUGGGAACGAGGAUCCCCCGGCACUCAACGACUUACCUGAACCGGUGAAGCCCCGUGUGGGAACGAGGAUCCCCCGGCACCGUGAGUAACGCAACCUGGGGAAUAACCUGUUUUGUGCUGGUAGCAACUACCUACCUGAACCAGUGAAGGCCUGUGUGGGAACGAGGAUCCCCCAGGGCUGGGAGCAUCAGUGGGGUGUUUGCCCUGGUCUGACUGGGUUUGAUACUGCCUCCAGGAGAAGCGGAGCGCGCCACGGGUUGCUGGGCCAGAGUCCCGGCCCCCAGCCUUCUCUUCAAGUGGCCCUGGUGGCAAGGAAGAGCCGCAUUAGUUUUAAAGUUCCCUUUUUCCCUUUCCCCUUUUCCCUUUUUAAAUAUUUAAUAAAGUUUGUUUUAAUUAUAGUAUACUCGUCUGUCUGGUCAUUGGGGUGGUCUUGGGAAACUCCUCGAGGUGGAAGAGUUAAGAGGGGUGUGACCCUUUAGUCUAUUCGGGUCCGCCCCGGGGUGUGACAGAUUUGGCGUAGUCGGCAGGAUUCCACCUCGAGUUGAGCGACCAAGGUCCUCCAAUGGCCGACGACGAGUUGCCCGAAGCCCCGCCCCGUGUUGUGCCUGAAAGGCCAGAAACCCCACCCCGUGUUGUGCCGGAAAGGCCGGAAACACCACCCCGUGUCAUGCCCGUGUUCCUGGGAAACCCCUGGGUGCAGAAGUAUACUGGGGUCGAGUCCGAGGUUCAUUUAACUGAGUGGAGGGCCCAGAUUGAGUAUUUGGCCGGCCUCCAGGGGCUGAGUGCCAGUCAACAACAGCAGUUUGUAUUAAACUCACUAGGAGGAGAAGCCCGGCGAGAAGUACAGGCCGCCCCUGAAGCCGUUCGAGCCACCGCCCAGACCAUCUUCCACUUCCUCACCGAGCAGUAUGGUGAUACCACCCCUGUGGCCGUCCUGAGGGCGCAGUUCUUUAAUUGUAAGCAGGGCCCCCACCAGUCCAUUCGAGCCUUCGCCCUGAAGCUGCGCGAACAGUAUACACGCCUACAGCGACGACGAGAUCAUGGGAUUGGAGACGAGGAGACCCUGUUAAGGGACCAGUUCCUGUUAGGGUUACGGGAGGGCCCCCUACGACAAAACCUCCGAGUGCAGUUUAGACGAGACCCUGAGCUCACGUUCGGUGACCUGAAAAAGGAGGCCAUGGCCUUGGAAGGCGACCAAGCGGAAGCUAAGGAGGCCCCCGUAUGUGCAGCAGUGAGUGGCCCGGCGGCAGCCUCGGAGGUAUUAGACUGGAAACAAACAUUGAAGAUGGAGCUCAUGAAAGACGUACGAGAUCAGAUGGCCGAGCUGACCAAGGCCCUGGUAGGGGAACUGCGCCUAGGGCCGGGAAGGAAAGAAGAAGGGCCCGCCCCCCGAGAACGGACGUACUCCGAGCGAGGCCGGGAUGGGAUGAGGCGGCCCUGGCAGGCGAGUCGGCCUAGGUUCGAGUGGGACGAGCAAGGGAGGCCCAUUUGUAAUCGGUGUGGGACCGCCGGGCAUGUGAGUAGGCAGUGCGGACCACGAAGAGCCUCCGAGGGGGGUUUUUAA